GAGCUCGCAAAAUAUUUCGUUCGACAACGACCGUCAAAGUCUGCACAAGUGUUUCAAUUUAAGCUCAGUUAAGAAUAUUAUUAAAAAAAAAAAAAAUAAUCUAAUAAUUCAAAAUGAAAUUUACGAUUUUACUAUUGACAUUUUGUCUGCUGCAAAUAUUUCAAGUUCAAGCCCGAUAUGUGGACCAUGAUAGGCCGCUAUUAUUUCCAAUUCAAGACCGAUAUGAGGACCAUGAUGACAAUCCAUUAACUUACGGUGUUAUAAUAGAUUAUAUAAAAGUUGAUACCACGACAGAAGAGGAUACUGUUUCGGACGAACAAAAGAAAUCUAUUUUAUGGGUAAUACGAAAUGGCCAUAGAAAAAAUAAUGACGAAAUUAAAAACGAUGGCAUCCCGCUCUUAGUGGAAAGUAAAGACUAAAACGAUAACAUAAAAUCUGACUCUUCAAAUAAAAAUAAUAAGAAGUUUCAAUCAAAAUUGCAUUCAACGACAAAUCAUCGCCGUAGCAAAGUGACAUAAUACCUAAUUAUGAAAUGUAUGAAAGCUGAAAUAAAUAAAAUUUACUGUUUCAUAAAACAACAACAAGUUGUUACACAAAAAUA